AGUGGUGGGGGUCUCGGACACGGGGCAAGACAAGAGAAGUCCUUCGCACGGCGGUUGCCUACAGAGGCGGGUGAGGGCCCGGCGCGAGGCAUGAGCUGGCGCCACCUCCCAUCUUGGUGAGAGAGAAGUAGUAUCUGGGCUACUCUGCUCCCCUUCCUGAAAAGUAUAGAAUGGUGCCUGAACGCUCAGGUUUUGACCUCCUUCGUCAGAAGAAGGAGCUAGCAGCUCCAGUUGUGCUGCUGCUGGGCUCCAGUCAGCUUGCUAGUCCACUCCAAAUUCCUUCUUGCCUUGUGAGUAGACAAAUGGAUUGUUCAAGUGUUAUCCUUGGUAAUCUCCAGGAUCUGCAGCAACGUAAACUAAGAUUUUGAUGACCCUAACUGGAGAAAGUUGCUGAAGCCUCACUUUAAUUGUUAGCCAUGCCUUUAGUAAAGAGGAACAUUGAACCUAGGCACCUCUGCCGAGGAGCUCUUCCUGAAGGAAUAACUAGUGAAUUGGAAUGUGUAACCAACAGUACCCUUGCUGCUAUUAUACGGCAACUAAGCAGUCUGAGCAAGCAUGCUGAAGACAUAUUUGGUGAGUUGUUUAAUGAGGCCAACAACUUCUACAUCAGAGCAAAUUCUCUUCAAGACAGAAUUGAUCGCCUUGCUGUCAAAGUUACCCAGCUGGAUUCAACAGUGGAAGAGGUAUCAUUACAGGAUAUCAACAUGAAAAAAGCAUUUAAAAGUUCGACAAUACAGGACCAGCAAGUUGUUUCAAAGAACAGCAUUCCUAAUCCAGUGGCUGACAUCUACAAUCAGAGUGACAAACCACCUCCAUUGAAUAUUCUUACACCAUAUAGAGAUGAUAAGAAAGAUGGUUUGAAGUUCUAUACUGAUCCCUCCUAUUUUUUUGAUCUUUGGAAAGAAAAAAUGCUACAAGAUACAGAAGAUAAACGAAAAGAGAAGAGGAGACAAAAGAGAGAGAGACACAAGCUGAAUCCAAAUAGAAACCAGCAAAUAAAUGUGAGAAAAGUAAGAACAAGAAAAGAAGAGUGGGAAAGAAGGAAAAUGGGCAUUGAGUUCAUGAGUGACGCAAAGAAACUGGAGCAGGCAGGAAGCGUGAAAAAGGACAAAAUGCCCAAAGGGUCCCAUGCAUCCGAUGUUACCGAUUAUUCUUAUCCUGCUACUCCGAAUCAUUCCCUCCACCAGCAGCCAGUAAUGUCUUCAUAUGGAACGGGAGAUGGACCACAGUAUAUGGGUAUAAACCAGGGCCUUGAGCAUGAAUAUAGACCAUCCUCUACCACAGUGCGGCAUGCUACUUUAAACAGACCUCAACAACCACCUCCACCUCCACCCCAGGCCUCUGAUGGACCACACAGCUCUGUACCUUUGGUACCAGCAGACUAUGGGAUGCUCCCAGCUCAGAUGGUAGAUUAUUAUAAUCCUACUGGACCUCCCCCCACUCCUCUUCCCCCUAUGAUUCCUUCAGCACAAACUGCUUUUGUUAGUCCUCUUCAGCUUCCUGUGCCACCUUCCCAUUCUGGAUUAGUGACCGGAUCUACCUAUGCUGCUGCUGCUGCUCCUUCUCCUCCUCCUCCUUCUGGGCUUGUUGUUACAGCUUCCCCUCCCCCCGGCCCACCUCCUCCCCCACCAGGUCCUCCUGCUGCAGUUUCAUCUCUCACAUCCUCCCCGAUGCAUGCUUUUACAGUUCCUGAAGGAAAACGACAUGAAUCCACACAGCCGCCAAUCAGUGAUGCUCGAAGUGAUCUUCUUGCUGCUAUUCGAAUGGGAAUUCAGCUGAAAAAGGUACAAGAGCAACGUGAACAAGAAGCAAAGCGAGAACCCGUUGGAAAUGAUGUGGCAACUAUUCUUUCAAGGCGCAUUGCUGUGGAGUACAGCGAUUCUGAUGAUGAUUCAGAAUUUGAUGAAAAUGAUUGGUCAGACUGAGACCUGGUCCAAGUACAGGAACAGAAUUCAUGAAAUGCUUUGCUCUAAUAAUGACACCAUUAGCAGGACAGAAGGCAGGGUGUUGAAAUGUAUUAAAACUAGCGAUCUAAGUACUAAAAAUGAAUUGGUGGUAUUCAGAAUGCGGUAGCUUAGCAACUCUUGUAAUAAUAAUGUGGUUAUGCUGAUGCAGAUCCAAAAAUUCAGUCUUAUUUUCAGUAUUUACUGCAUAAUACAUAAGUGCCACUAAAUGUAGCAAAUCGUGUGCUGCACGCAAAGUGUGCUGCAGUUGUUGCACUGUUACAAAACCAGCAUUUUGUUUUACUUUCUUGAUCAUGAAGGUAUAACUAUAUUUUUACUUUACAUCUUAUCUUUAUAAUGUUGCAAUCUAGAUACUUGUGAAACUGUCUGGCUGUUAGUCAUGUAGGUCUUUGAGGAGAGUCAAUGAUACAUGACUGGGCAAUGUCUUCAGGUCCUUAAAUGUCAUCUUUUGAGCAUUUUUCAGAAAUUAAUCAUGUAAUCUUAAAAUCUAACAGACAGCAACUAAUGUCUUCUUACACACUAUUUUUAAAGAAUUUUUUGAUUUAGUUGCUUAUAUUAUUUUAAUCUCCUAUACACAUUCUCACCAUUGAAAAAUCACAAAUGAAAUGUAAGUUUGAAGAGUCAAUUCACAGGAUUUACUAGUUAUUUUUGAGAGAGGACUGGAUGACUCAGUCAGUAACCGGAGGUUGCUAGCUGGUGGUUUGACAGUAAAAUAACAGGAUGGUCUCAGUUCAGUAUGUAGUAGACACAUGUUCACAUUACAGAAACCACAAUUGGAAUUGACACUUUUUUUGGCACUCUCUGGACAUGGAUUGACUAUACUUGAAGUUUGAAAUGCCCUGUUACACUCAGGAGUGGUUUUUAGAUACCUGAGUGGAGCCACUUUGUCAGUACAGAGUGGGAAGCUUACUCUACUACUGGUAAUACUAUGUCUGUUACGUGGAUGAAUGGAAUGACUUCAGUUCAGUGCUAGCAAUUGGAUACAUUUCACAAGUACUAAACUUAGUUUUUUAUUCCUGUAGAUAUAAAUAUAUGUAGAUAGACUUUAGCUUAUAUGGAAUGUGUGUAGUCAUGUAAUGUCAUUUCAGUUUCUUAUAACUCACUCAUUAAAGGCCCUUGAUUUUUGAAUGUAUUUCUAUCCCAGUAUGUCCCAUUUAUAUAACACUGACAAUUAAAAUGGCUUAAUUGAUGUUUAGUUACCAUGCUGUAUAUAUUUUCAGUUUCUUCUAGAAAAGAAGGCUACCAUACAGUUUGCUUUUGCGCUUUCUCUGUUCCCUUUAAAAAAAAUUCAUACUUUAUUCAAUACAGUAUUGAAAUUUGCAUAUAGUUUUUCUUUUGUACACUGCGACUCAGACUGCUUCCUUGCCUAAUAAGGCUUUUUUAUGGUGUGUGUGUGUGUGUGUGUGUGAGAGAGAGAGAGAGAGAGAGAGAGAGAGAGGGAAGGAUUGGUCUUUUUUUUUUUUCCUUACCAGAUUACAAUUGUAAUCUUUGUAACAGAAGAGAUCUCUAUAAUUUCAGGUCAAAUAUUUGGUAAAGCUCUUUUGUUCUGCAAGGCCCUUCUGUUCUUAAGAAGGAAGGGAAGGAGAUGCAUCUAGCCUUUAUCCGCGUUCACUCUGAACUUCCCUUCCUCUUGAGCCAUGCUCACUCACAGCAGGUUUUACUUUUGUCCAAAGAAAAUAAUAUUCAGCCUGUCACAAUAUUCACAUAUUACAUUGUUGGCUACUUUAUUACUGUGUAAUCUGCAUGCGAGUUUCUGUUUAACUUCAAUUUAUAGUAGUGUGGCAAAAAUGCCUUUGCCUCCCUGUUUGUGUUUUACUGCCCAUUAAGGGCCUUCUCCUGGAAGGUGCUGAACGAUGGUUAGCCAAUGGGAAAGGAGGGCACUCAGCACCUUCUAGGAUUGUUUUUGCUUUAAAAUACCGGGCUAAAUUCUACUUCUAGUCUGGUGGUUCCUCAUUAACAUGAGAGAGACAUUGUUUGUGUUGGUCAUAAGGAUAUAAUUGUUAUACUGUGCUUUGCAAAAUGCACCAAAAUGAUUCGGUGGGUGAGCAAAUAAAAUGGAUAAAAGUGCAGCUAAUACUGCAGUAUUAUCCAGUGUCACGAUAUGGGUGAGAGAGGUACUUUCAAUAGUCUUUUGAUAUGUGUUGAGGUGAAAUAUUCUGACAUCACAAAUAAUUCUUUCCAUUGUAAUGAAAUUUGAUAUGACAAAAAUAUAUUUUAUGAGCACAGAGACUGAGUGUACCAUGGAAAUUUUGUAAUAUGCAUCAGUUAGUUUUAAAUGAUAAAUAUAAAACAAAUGAUAAUUUGUGAUCAGUUAAAGAUAAGUGGAAUUUUUCAGCCAUAGUAGCCAAUCUGUUUUUCUGAACUUGGAGUAUUUUGUCAUCUCCGUUCAGUAUUUUAUCAAUACAAAUUUAAAUCGAAUUUAGUGAUGUAAACUAACGAACUCUUAGAUCAUUUUUAUCUGUUUGUAUAUCUUACUCUGGGUUAUGUAAAAGUAACAAAUAUGAAUAAAGUAUCACUUUUGUGC